AUGUCAUCUCAGGCAGUAGCCAAAGCCUCACAGGCAGGAAGCCGCAUGGGAGUGGCAAAAAAAUACACAGUCCAAUCCACCGGAAUCUGGGAACUAAUCCGCCGUUUCUUCGCCGUCGACCCAACCCGCUCGAACGGCAUUCCUCUCAACCCCCAAUUCCGCAACCCACCCCCAGGAUCCAACGAGCCCUUCUCCUUCAUCGAACCCGUUACUCUCCCAGCAGGAGACAUCGCCGAUAACCCAUACUGGAAGCGUGACGCGAGACGCUCGUAUCCGCAGUUAUCUUUCGUGAACCAGGCGGAUGCAGUGGCAUUACUGAGUAUUGGAAGCGCGAGCGCGCCAAAGAAGGAGUUGAUUGGGGAGAGUGGAUCGAAAGAGCUGGUUAGUGUCAAGGAGGAGGGCAGUUUGGGAUUGAGUGCCUUCUUUGCGAAAAGCGGAAAGAGUGGUGUUCUUGAGGCUCUGGGGAAGGAUGGGUUACCUCCGCUUCCAUCAGGUGCUAGUUUGAAGGCUGGCGCUGAUAAAUACCAUUUGACGGCUGAGAACGCGUAUCCUGAGCAAUAUCCUUGCCGGACUUUCAAGUGA